UGGGGCACGUGACUCACCCCAGGCCAUUUAGCCUGGAAGAGCAGCGCUAGGUUUCCCAACCUGCAGGCUAGUCUUCAGUCCCCAACCUAAUGGAAGCUUGUGGGAUAAAAGACAUAUGCCCUUACCUAUAUGGGGGCCUAGGGCUGGGGGUGCUUCUGUUCCUCGUCAUGGUCAUUCUGUCCGUCUGCCUGUGUCGGCUCCGUGGGAGAGUGAGGAGGCUGGAGAGGAGCUGGGCCCAGCUCUCGCAACAGGAGCUCCACUAUGCGUCCCUGCUGAGGCUGCCUGAACGGGAGGGACCUGACCUCGGCAACCAAGAAAGCGAAGGCAGCAAGGAGGACCCCAGCACGGACUACGCCUGCAUUGCCAAGAACAAACCGGUCUGAGCACCCCCAGACGCCUCGUCCAACCCAGGCGGUUGGUCAGGGCCAUGCUGUAAAGACCAGUAAACACCCAGUAAAGACCAUGGUCUCGCCA